AAAAAUAAGCUUUAUAAACAAUGUUAUUGGAUUACCGUGUAUAUGCUCUGGCACAGAACAAAGCGCAAUAAUUUUGUUUUAUUUCUCGUGAAAUUCGGUGAUCUAAAGUGACCACGAAAUCUUUAUAGGAGCACGAAUACAUUUGGCGUUUCUUUCACACAAAAUGUUUCAUUUUUCUGACAUCUUUUACAUAUAAGUGUACACGUAUAUUCACAAUCGAUAUGUAACAUUAAGCUAGUAGAAACGGAUUUUCUAUUUCAAAGAGUGCAAGAAAAGAUGGCACAGAGAUUUCCUGUGCCAAAUGCGGGAAGUAAUGGACCACCACCUCAACGAUACCCGCAAUCGUCAGUACCACCAAACUUGCGCCAAUACUCUGGGCCGAAUUUUCCAAUGCAGCAGAGAUCUGGAUUCACUCCACCACCUCAAAUGGGUAAUGCUGGGCCUGGCCCAGGUGGAAUAAUGAGGCCAAAUCAACCCUACUCAAAUAUGCGUCAGGGCCCAAUGCCCACACCACCUGUUGGAAAAAGAAGCGCAGACCAACGUAUUCCUAUGUCUCAACAAAAACCGUAUUUUUGGAACAGUGAUUUUUCACAUUCCACAUCAAAGAAAAAGAAGAAACUGGCAGACAAAAUUCUGCCUCAGAAAGUACGCGAUUUGGUACCGGAAUCACAAGCUUAUAUGGACUUGCUAGCGUUCGAGAGAAAAUUGGAUGCGACUAUAAUGCGAAAACGUCUUGAUAUUCAAGAAGCUUUGAAGCGUCCGAUGAAGCAGAAGCGAAAAUUGCGUAUUUUUAUUUCAAAUACAUUUUAUCCGGCUAAAGAGGCAGGUGAAGGAGAAGAAGGAUCUGUAGCGUCUUGGGAACUUCGAGUUGAAGGACGUCUUUUAGAUGAUACUAAAAAUGAUCCUAAUAAGGUAAAACGAAAGUUUUCGUCUUUCUUCAAAAGCUUGGUAAUAGAAUUGGAUAAAGAUCUCUAUGGACCUGAUAAUCAUUUGGUCGAGUGGCAUCGUACGUUAACUACUCAAGAAACGGACGGAUUUCAAGUUAAAAGACCAGGCGACAAAAAUGUUCGCUGCACAAUCCUUCUUCUUCUCGAUUAUCAGCCGCUGCAGUUUAAAUUGGACCCAAGAUUAGCGCGGUUGCUGGGCGUGCACACGCAGACGCGACCCGUCAUUAUAUCUGCACUCUGGCAAUAUAUAAAGACGCACAAGCUCCAAGACAGUCACGAGAGAGAAUUUAUUAACUGUGAUAAAUACUUGGAACAGAUAUUUGCCUGCCCGCGAAUGAAAUUUGCCGAGAUACCACAACGUUUGAAUCCAUUAUUGCAUCCACCUGAUCCCAUCGUGAUAAAUCAUGUUAUAAGCGUAGAAGGUACAGAAACGAAGCAGACCGCGUGUUACGAUAUCGACGUGGAAGUAGAUGAUACAUUGAAGACGCAAAUGAAUAAUUUCUUGCUGUCGACCGCAAGCCAACAGGAAAUCCAAAGUCUGGAUAAUAAAAUUCAUGAAACAGUCGAGACGAUUAAUCAAUUGAAGACCAAUCGCGAGUUCUUCCUGAGUUUCGCUAAAGAUCCGCAACAGUUCAUCAACAAAUGGAUUAUUUCUCAGACCAGAGAUUUGAAGACCAUGACCGACGUUGUUGGCAACCCAGAAGAGGAACGGAGAGCUGAAUUUUAUUAUCAGCCUUGGGCACAGGAAGCAGUGUGUCGUUAUUUCUAUACGAAAGUGCAGCAAAAACGAGCGGAGCUGGAGCAAGCAUUGGGUAUCAGAAACUCGUAAAACUAUCGAAAUCUAUAUUUGAUCAGUUUAUCAUAAAGCUAUGUAAGAUAUUCGUAAGUGUUCGCCUUUAUAAUUAUUACAACAUGUAACGCUAUUAUGGCUAUUAGGCUUAUGCUUGUACCUUGACUCCCUUAUUCUUUUCCAUCUCUCUCUUCUCUGUGUUUUCCUAUCCCAUUUUUCUAUUCAUAUUCUACCAAUUCUUCUUCUUCAUUUAUACCUCUCUUAAAAAUUCCUUUUUCUUCUGUUCCCAUCUUCCUAUUUCCUUUUUCCCAUCCUUCUCUCAUUUCUUCCCAGCAUUCCUUGCAACCUCCCUUCCUCGUCCCUCUUCCAACAUUUUUAUUUUUCCACAUCCUUCUACCUGCUCUUCCUCUCAUUAUCCAUCUCUCCACCUUCCCUCUUACCAUAGGCAGAGUAUAUCUUUCUUUUUCCAAUAUAGAAAGAGAAAAAUAAACUGUGAACUAGUGCAGCCAGUUCAACUGAAAAGAACAGGCCUUAUAUAACCCAGCGUCCUCCAAUCUAAUCCCAUAGUCCACUUAAUAUAACUCCUCGCCAACCAAAACUCUUCACUUCUCUCCUAUUUUCACCCUGCAUUUCGUCUCCCUCAAUACCUCCUUCACUCUCCUCACCAAUCCUUCCCUCAUCGUCCUAAUUAAAAUUCUCCUAUCCUGAAUCCAAUGCCGCCUUCUACGAACAAUGGAUACAUUUCACCCUUUUCCCUUCCUAAUUGCCUAUUUAUCAAGUAGUUUAGUGCGUAUACUUGAUCUAUCGUUCCUAUUCCUUUCCUCAAACCAACCUGAUUUUAUGAUAAAAUUCCUUUUCCUUCUACCUCUCUCUCUAGGGAGAACCUCAUAAAGAGAGAAUUGCAAAUUUGUAGCGUGACCCGGUCUUUCUGAUUGGUUGCGGUCCAUCAAGUUCCAUAGCAAAAAGCCUCAUUGGAAGAGAAUGACAAAACUCAGUCUAUUUGAUUGGUUGCGGUUCAUCAAGUCCCAUUCACGUGACUAGUUUGCCACUCUUCCUAUGAGACUCUCUACUUCUACCUCCUCACUCAACCUUUCCGCUAAUACCUCACAUCUUGUAUAAAGACGAUAUAAGCGUCACUUCUCUUUAAUUUUCUACUCUCUCCUCUCCUUUGUUCAAGACCGGUACUAUUCGUUCCUCUUUUCACUGUUCUGGUCAUCCUUCCUCUCUCCACAUCCUUUUACAUACUUCCUAUAUCCACUUUUCCACCUCAUCCCUUUCAUAUUUCCAUGCAUCACUUGGCACCUUCCUCCUCUCUUCGCAUUGCCUUACCGUUCUUUAAUUUCCUAAUUACCUUAUCCUUUUCUUCCUGUUCCUCCUUUCCUUUCCCCUCACUACUUUCUUUCCAUUUUUUUUUCGUGAGGAAAUCCAUCAUGGAUACCUCCGCCUCUCAGGGAAGGAACGGAGGAUGUACCGGAGAACGCUUACCGCAUGACUUCCUCCGCCUCUCCGCGUUUUCGGCUCUCUCGCAUGUGCCAUUUCGUGGCUCUGAAGUUCCAUUCUCUUUCGAGACCCUCAAUCCCGUUAUGGAUAGGGGAAGACACCAGCCCUCUCCCGCCCCACUCCCCGCGGGAGGCAGAGACCCGGAGCAGGUCACCCGCCUGCUCCGCGCCUCCCACGGAAUAUCAUUCUUUCCUUUCUCUCCUUUUUUUCCUCACAUAUCUUUAUACUCCUUUUUUUCUUUCUCUCUCUCUCCUUUUCUCUUUCUCCAUUUUCUAACAAGGGAACACACAAAAGUGUCCCCCUUCGAUUUUAAUGAACUUUACUUAAAUAUGUUAAAAUACAGACAAAAAUAAAAUACUAACAAUUUUUUAUACGUGCUGAGUCGCACGUUAAAGGGUGAUAUCCAAGGAUGGUAUCCAGCCUUGAAAAAAAAUCGGUUUUUUCUCUUUCUGAAUAAAUAUGUCAACUGUCAAAGAUAUGAAAAAAUGUUUUAAACAAAAGUUGUAACGAUUUCAAGUGUGCUUUACACUGAUGCAUUUUAAUUUAAAAAAAAUCAUAUUUUUUUACUACCCCUCACCCUUAAUUUUCAAAAAUUAAAAUGCCCCAUUGUAAAGCGCACUUGAAAUCGUUACAACUUUUGUUUAAAACAUUUUUUCAUCUUUGACAGUUCACAUGAUAUUUACUCAGAAAGAAAAAAACCGAUUUUUUUCAAACCUGGAUAUCAUCCCCUUUACGUGGCACACUCAGUAUGUAUAAAAAAUUGUUAAUAUCUUAUUUUUAUCUAUAUUUUAACAUAUCAAAAGCACAUUAAAAUCAGAGGGGGACACUUCUGUGUAUCCCCUUGUAAGUUCUUUCCUUACCUUAUUAUAGCUUAGCCUUUCAAACAUAUAUUUGUAACAUUAAUGUAGAUUAUGCGAAAAGAUUGCAUUUAUUACACAAAGCAAAUUUUACGCCUGUGUGAAAAUAAAAAUAUAACAAGAAAUUUCUUUUUCUA